GUUAGAGAGCUUCCAGGAGGGCUUGUCGUCAAAUAUGGAUGGACCGUAUGGAGGUCAGAGUUUCUGGCGAUGGAACUCGUACGAAAGUAUACGACUAUACCGACUCCCGUCCCUCUUUCCUACCUCUCCGAGGAGGAAGACAAAUACGUCAAACCAAACCGACCCCGGAUGGGCUACAUUGUCAUGACGAAGUUGCCCGGAGUCAGGAUGAUCGACGUCCUUGCUGACCUCGACGAAGAAUCUUGUGUUCACCUGUCAAAACAAUUGAGUCAGUAUUUGGGUCAGCUGCGCACGCUGGACUCGAUGGGAGGUUGGGAGAUGGUCGGGAAGAAGGGUCGUUAUCAUCAAGGCUUCUUUACGCGCUUACCAUGGUCACUUCAGCAGGAAAUGAGGGCCAACCCAUGCAGCGCUACCUGCGCUUAUGACUUCCUCGAUUACUUCAUCAAAGCCAGUCCACCAGCUAUCGUAUCAGACGAGAAGAUAAAGCGCGUCCUCGACGCGUUCGACCUUAAACACCCUUCUUCCUUCACUCAUGGUGAUCUCCUCCCGGAAAAUAUCAUGGUCGACAUUAGCGUGGCUGGACGUCCGCGGAUAACGGGGAUAUUUGACUGGGAGCUUGCAGGGUGGUAUCCAUAUUUUUGGGAUUAUUCUAGAGCGUCC